AGGACACACCGGCGGGCUGCUGGAGCUGGGCACCGCGGGCGGCCUGCUGGGCCACGUGAUGCUGGUCGUCGAGCCGAUCAAGCAGGUGACCGCCAGCUCCGAGGAGGGCGAUUUCCUGAGGCCGAUCUGGCCGAAGGGCGGCGAGACCGAGGCCAUUUGGAAGGCGCGCGUGGUGGAGAGCAUGCGCGGCACGGCCGGCCUCCGCGAGUCCGUCCUGCUGCUUCACAUCGCCCGAGACACGCGCGACCUGAUCAUCCUAGGCGAGCAGUUCGACAACAACGACAGCGAGAUCGUGAAGAUCGGGGAGCGGGUGGAGGUGCUCCAGAGCCCCGAGGAGCUGCGGGCCCACGUCGGCGACGCGCUCGUGGCCGAGGUGCUCAAGGAGAUGCGCGCGCAGAGCGCGAGCUGGAGCUGGGCCACGGCCGCGAGGGCCGUCAUCAGCUCCGCCGGCUCCUUCAGCUCCGACAGCGACGACAAGGACCAGCUGCUCUCGGAGAUCAAAGACUGCUGGAAGGAGGACCCCAUCUGCACAUCCGUCAUCAUCGCUUUCUGGCAGCGCUGCAUCUGCAAGAUCGCGGUCCAGGGCGUCGCCUCGCUCGUGGGCCUGGCCUCCGGAGAGAUCGUGGAGCCCGCCGAUCUGGUGCUCGAGUGGUUCCCCCUGAAGGCGGACAGAAGCCUUCCCGGGACGCUGCUCGAGACGAUGCAGCGUUGCGGUUGGACCAGGAGGAGCACGGUCCCCACGGCCGAGGAGGCGGCCCGGAAGCCCAGCAGACCGCGGGGGGCCCGGGCCCGCCCGAAGAAGGGCGAGAAGAGCUCCCGGGCGCCUCCGGAGCCGGAGUCGGAGCAGGUCUGGUGCCCCGCCCACGCCUCGAACAGCCUGCGGCCGAAGGUCGCGCCGCGCUCCUGCGCCUGCGCCUCGUGCGGCGUCCAGGUGGUGACGAACCAUGCGGAGUUCAGCCGGUGCCACGCCUGCUCCGCCAAGGAGAACCGCUGCAUGUGCUGCGGCAGCAAGGCGUCGCCGGGCCCCAUGCUCCCGAACGCGGCCGUCGCCAAGGUCGCCCUGCCAGCGACGAGCCCCUCGCCGAGUGCCAGCCCCGCGCUGGCGACGCUGGGCAAGUCGCCGGUGAGCGUCAAGAGCGGCGCGUCCGUGAGCGCGUCGCCAAUGAGCGUCAAGAGCGCGUCGGCCACGGUGCCGCCGAGGUUCUGCCAGCUGCACGACAGCAGCCACAAGCGGGCGAAGCAGGCCGAGCCGACCUCGAAGGAGUGCGGCUGCUGCCGCACGCCGGCCCUCACCACGUACUCGCUGUUCAGAUUCUGCGCGCCCUGCUCCGACAAGGAGAAGAAGUGCAUGAUCUGUGGGGCCGAGGCGCUCGUUGCGGGCAGCUACGUGCCGAGCGCGAGCUUCGUGACGUGGCCGGCGUCUCUGGUGCACGGCGCUGGGGGUGCG